AUUCCCGAUUCUUUCAUCUCUGCCUUUUUUUUUCUUUUUAAUUUCUGCAUCUUUCUUGAUUACUGCUUAAUUAAUAGGUUUAAAUAUAGGUUUUAUAUGCCUUUUCCCUUUUUAGUUAUUUCGGAUAGCAUUGCAUGCGUUGUGUUGUUAGAGAUUGUUUUCUGAUUCGUCAUCGAGUUUCGCUACUGGAGUUGAAUUUUAUUGCGGUACGGCUUUUUACACUGAUUCAGAGCGGUUUAGAUGACUGUGAAUGUGUUGCGCGUAAUUCUUUGGAGUUGUGAGGAUUGGGGAGUAAAGGAAAGUGUGCAAGUUAAGAAGAUAUUUAUGGCGUUGAGCCUGGUGAUAAUGAAAUUUUUCUUCAGUUAUCACUCCAUAUAACUUGAGGAAGGUGAUUUGGAGAUGUCAGACUUACCUGGGUAUAUGCGUACCUGUUUGAACACAGGGAAGCUUCUUUCAUUGGCAAUUUUGGUCUCUGGGGGAAUCGUCUUACAAAUUUUGGCAUGUGCCUUGUAUAAUAAUUGGUGGCCGAUGCUAAGUGUGUUAACAUAUGUGCUUCUUCCGAUGCCUUUGUUAUUCUUUGCAGGGUCUGAUGACUCUAUAUUCGCAGAAUCUGAUAAUAGCUGGGUGAAUUUUACCAAGUUCUUGACCGGAGCCUCAACCGUGGGAGGCAUUGCCAUUCCAAGCAUAUUAAAGCAUGCAGGGGUUAUCGGUUGGGGAGCCUUUGCAAUGGAACUCUCUUCCUACUUCGUGUUUGGGCUGACAUUAAUAUGUUACCUUUGGAUGAGUGAUGAAGAUGAUUACAGUAUCCUCUGAUACGAGUUUUGCUUCAUCAUUGUAAAAUUGAAUUUGUUGUCUCCCGCAAUUGUAGAGUAGCUUUCAGCCCAAUGUGUAUUUAUUGUCUGUUAAGAAAUGUGUCGGUUUUUGCCCGUUUUCUUAUUGUGAUUAACUAAGUGUGGUUUUCAUUAUAAUUUCGUAGAAGUUAUUUUUCUACGAUACUUCUCAAAAUCAUUUCUGAAUGUAAAUGAGUUUUUAUGUUUA